UCUAUAGGUUAUUACGGUACUUAAUUUGGUUAAUUAAUCAAUAGUCUGCCUCUAUUUGUUCAGCAAAUCUCAAGGUACGUUGUUCCAAAAUCCAAUUCGCGACUCACAAUGGCCGGGAAAGCAAGUGAUCGUAAAGGCAAGUCCGGAAAAGACGCGAAAUCAGCGGCGAAUGAGAAGAGUGAAACUGUGACAGCUUUCACAUUGCCAGACAGUCUACCUUGUUCCGAAAUAGAUUUUCCAUUAUUAAUUAGGAAGAGGCAUACGGCCAAUUGGAACGAAAUUGUUGAAGAAAGUAACAAUAAUUAUAAAGAAAUUGAAGAAUACGCGCAAAGCAAAAGAGAAGUAACACCAAAACCACCAUUUCAGAAAACCGAAUGCGAUUAUAUUGCAAAUGAAGUUUAUGUGUAUCUUAUACCAGCUUUGGAAGAAACUUUAAAUAAAGCAGUUAUAUGGGACGCCUUAAAAAUUCAAAAAUGCUUUUUUAACGGAAUCGAUCAUAUUGCACAGCUUUUAUGGAACAACAACCCCCGACACCCUUACCGUAAACUCAAUAAUUGUUAUUUAUUUAAUAUGCCAUGGGUUCGAGAAUUCCUAAAGAAAAAUCCUCGGCCAUACUACCCAAAAUCCUGGUUAUGGCCCGAGGAAUAUGCAGCUACACUGAUACAGAAAACGGUCCGCCAAUACUUCGUUCAACGAGAAGAAGAAGUCCAAGAGAUGCGCGAUUUCUGGAAGAAAUUGGAAGUAGAGCAAAACCUUCCAGAAAUGGACAUUAAUCCAUAUUUAGCCAAGAAGUUCGCCUCACAGCAUGUUUUUACUAAAAAGUAGUA